CAUUGUUACCUCGCCUGAACACACCGACUCAUCGCUCUACUGCGACCUGCGUACAUUACCAUCGCUAAAAUGGCGGCCAACCUCAACGUUGACGGAGCUCGUCUUCUAAUCGGCGAAGACAGUGCAACUAUUGGCGUUGAAGAGGACACAACUCAAGGUAAGCUUGUUACGCCACCAGGCGUCCCAGGGUUGUGUGUAACUGAAAAAGCAGCCGUCCCGAAUGACCUCAUAACCGAGGUAUCGCUACCUUUGAGUGGCGAUAACAGCGGGUCCAAACCCUGUGACGGAGGUGUAGCUGUGACGCAACAGGAUUCACCUCAGGCUACAACAGCCCCAAAUCUUGAUCCCGAGUCCAACGGGAAAUCUGGGGAAAAGCGGGAGAGGGAAUCGGACAACACCUCUGGGAUUCCAGUCAAACGUCGUUUGAGACUAUCGGAGGACACUGAGCAAGAGGGUGUACACGAUUACGAUGCGAGAUGCGCCGAGCUAUGGAUCGAUGGAGAAAUUGCCGCUUGCGAAGCUUAUGAAUUAUCUCAAGCCAGCAGCAACGCCAGACGCCAAUACUUGCUCAGAGACCCAAGACAAGCGAACAAUGGCGUUCGACGCAAUAACAAUUCUUCGGCUCAGCCGGUCACCCAGCUGACGGUCGGCCCCCAAACCACCAUAACCACCUGUUUUAAAGAGUUCAUCAAGGUUUUUCGUCAGACCGAGGUGUUGCGGAGAGCGGAUUUCGCAGAGUUGAUCAAUUUAGUUCGUGGAAUGCAAAGGGAUUUCAGAGUGUUGUCAAAUGAAAUCCAUAAUACUCGGGUGGAAAUCCAUAAUAUUCGGGUGGAUCAAAGACAGAUGUUAGAUGCAUUCUCACUUAUGUUGGAAAGAUUGAAUGUCAUUCAAAUGUAUGUGACAGACACACACAAAACAAUGAUGGGCAAUAAAUGAUGUGUCCGUUUAUACUGAUUUGUGCUUGAGCCUGGUGUUUUUACUGGUUCUCAGUUUUAUAUUGUAAUCACGAGUGAUUUUUAUGGCACCCACUCUUGUUCAUAAGCUCAUGCAUGUGUGUGUUAUGCAUGUAGUUUUUAAAUAAAUCACUUCAA